CCCUUCUCUCUCUCUCUCCACCAGCUUUAUUUCUCCAUUGCCUCCUUUCUCUCUCGGUCUGUCCAUCUGUUAUGUCCAUGACCUCCUCUUUUUGAAUAUAUUUGUUUCGCAUCUGGGCUCUGCCUUCUCUCCCCCUUGUAUUCCUCUUUUCCCUCUGAGGUGGAGAUCUGGAUGGCGAAGAAGGUGAGGAAGGUUCCCAUGCAGCCUUCCCCAUCCAAUGCUUAUCACCAGGUUCGGGAAGAUGCCAGGGCAAGGUUGAGAUAUCAGUACCUGCUGCAAGAUUAUGAUGAUCUGCUGAAGGAAACUGAAGAAAAGAAGAAGAAUCUACAAAAGGCAAAACAAAAGAAGCUGAGACUCUUGGCUGAAGUCAAAUUCCUGCUAGGAAGAUACCAGUCCUUGUUGGAAAAUCCAUCUCAGACCACCUUUCAUAGACUCAAGAAGCAGCUUCAUAAAACUUCAUCGCCUAUCGCUGGCAUUGUUAAACCAGCAAGGCUGCAUGUUCCAAACGAAGUUUCCUUCAAGGGGAAGAAUCACAGUGCAGUCGAAGCUGCAAAACCUAGCACUUCUACAAUGCUAGAUCUGAAUCAAAUUUCUUUGCCGAGUGGCGAAGAUGUGGACUUUCAGUCACAUAUGGAGUCCCUGAAACCUGAGAUGUCGGAGAGGCACUCAAUGGAUGGAGGGCCAAACAAUCGAAAGUUUGCAGUCUGUAGAGAUGAAGGGAACAGCUCAAACAGGGCAAGUAAAAGGAAAAUAACAUGGCAGGACCAAGUAGCUCUGAAGGUUUAGAAUUCGACUCUUUUGUGCCAGUGGUGAGAAACAAUGUUCAUCCUUUUAACCUCAUUAGCUUACUCUUUCUUUUUUUAACUGCAUUUGAUCUCUACAGAAACAGUUCAAAUGUUAGAUGUUAAAAUCCAUGUUAUAUGUGACGCAUGAUGUGGUUAAUGGGAGGAAGUGAAACCUUUUACUCCAGAAA